AGUGGUUCGUGGGUGAUAUAAAAGCCACUUGCUGGCGACACCACUGGACAGUGACCAGCAAUCGAGUGGCCCAGGCAGUUACCCCGCAAACUCAGACACCAUGAAGAUUCAAUUUCUAUCCAUUUUGGGCUAUUUCCUCGUGGGCUGCGCUGCACUCUCCCAGGCCAGCUUUCUGCCUGCCACUGCUGUAGGGCUGCCUGCUGCAGUGCCACCUCCAACCAGCUAUCAGUUUGUGGCACGCAAUUGGAAUCGUUUCUAUGUGCCAACGGCCACGGGUGUGGCCACAUAUCAUCCACCAGCCACAACCUACUACAAGUACAAUGGUGGCUAUCCAGCGGUCUACCCUGUAGGCUAUCCUUCAACCUAUCCCUCAGGCUAUCCUUCAGCUUAUCCCUCUGCGUAUCCCUAUGGCUAUGGCUAUAAUCCCUACUAUGGCUAUAAGAGUGUCUGGUGAUCAAGUGAGGCACUUCCCACCCAGUAUUCAUUCCAUUUUGUGAUAAAUAUUCAACACCAAAUCAAAGUAUUAUAAAGCAAAUAUAUAACCCAUGUAUAACCCA